AAAACCAACUCUAUAAAAACCCAUCACUCUCUCACUCUCCAACCCUGCCUCACUUCUUCUUCUUCUUCUUAAUUCUUCUUAUAAUCUCUCGCAAUUUCCCUUUGAAUUUCCUAACAGUUAUCAAAAACCCACACACCUCUCUCCUUAAAUUCUCUUUAAUUUUCCUAAUUAAAACCACCUCAAUAAAAACACAUCACUCUCUCACUCUCCAACCCUGCCUCACUUCUUCCUCUCCAUCUUAAAUCUUCUUAAACAUAUUUCUUUUCCUUCUGAAUCUUUCUCCCUCAUUCCUCUCAUUAAAUUAAGCAAACUAUAACUAGUUAAUCAUGGAUUUGCUACCCAAGUGCGACUCAAAUUAUGCUCCGCUCACUCCUAUAACUUUCUUGAAGAGAGCCGCUUCCUUUUAUGCCCAUCGUCCUUCAAUUAUCUAUGAAGGAACCCGCUUCACAUGGCAGGAAACUUUCUAUCGUUGCUGUUGUUUAGCUUCUUCCCUCCGAUCCCUCAACAUCGUCAAGAACAAUGUGGUCUCAGUUCUGGCUCCCAACGUUCCGGCCAUGUAUGAGAUGCAUUUUGCCGUGCCAAUGGCUGGAGCGGUCCUCAACACAAUCAACAUCCGUCUGGAUGCGAAAAACAUAGCACUAAUUCUCCGACACUCUGAUGCCAAAGUCUUCUUUGUCGACUACCAAUAUGUUCCUUUGGCCAGAGACGUUCUUCGGAUUCUGAUGACGGAUUUCAAAACAACGUCAUCGAUGCCGUUGGUUAUCGUCAUCGACGACAUCGACAAGCCGACCGGUACCCGGCUCGGCGAGCUCGAAUACGAGCAGCUGAUCAGAAAUGGAAACCCCAACUACAACAAAUUUGAAAUCGAAGACGAGUGGGACUCGAUCGCUCUCAAUUAUACUUCUGGAACGACGUCUUCACCGAAAGGAGUUGUGUACAGCCACAGAGGAGCUUUCCUCAGCACUCUCAGUUUGGUUAUGGGGUGGGAAAUGGGAAACGAGCCCAUCUAUUUGUGGACUCUACCGAUGUUCCACUGCAAUGGGUGGACCUUCACGUGGGGAAUCGCCGCUCGUGGUGGCACCAACGUUUGCCUCCGUAAUACGACGGCGUAUGACAUAUACAGAAACAUACACACAAAUAAAGUGACCCACAUGUGCUGUGCUCCAAUCGUCUUCAACAUCCUUCUCGAAGCCAAACCCAACGAACGCCGGAAAAUCGAAACUCCGGUGAAAAUACUCACCGGAGGAGCUCCACCUCCGGCGGCACUGUUGGAAAAAAUCGAGCCAUUAGGAUUUGAAGUAACACACGCCUACGGCUUGACGGAAGCCACCGGACCGGCUCUGGUGUGCGAGUGGCAGGCGAAAUGGGACAAACUUCCGGCGGAGGCUAAGUCGAAACUGAAAGCGAGGCAAGGAGUUGGGAUCUUGACAUUGGCGGAUGUGGACGUGAAGGAAUUGAAGACGAUGAAGAGCGUACCUCGGGAUGGGAAAACCAUGGGGGAGAUUGUUCUGAGAGGAAGCAGCAUAAUGAAAGGGUAUUUCAAAGAUGAGAACGCCACAUCCAAAGCGUUCAAGGACGGUUGGUUCUUGACCGGAGAUGUCGGUGUAGUACAUCCCGAUGGAUAUCUAGAAAUCAAAGAUCGAUCGAAAGACGUGAUCAUAUCGGGAGGGGAGAAUAUAAGCAGUGUUGAAUUGGAAAGCAUAUUGUAUAAGCAUCCCAAAGUGUUGGAGGCAGCCGUGGUGGCAAUGCCUCAUCCUCGUUGGGGAGAGAGUCCUUGUGCUUUCGUCUCACUGAAGAACAACUCCGGUUCGGUCUCCGAGAAGGAGUUGAUCGCUUAUUGCCGGAGGAAUUUGCCGCACUUUAUGGUUCCGAAGAAGGUGGAGUUUCUGAAUGAGCUGCCGAAGACUUCAACCGGGAAGAUUCAGAAGUUCGAAUUGAGAGCUCAGGCGGUUGCACUGGCUGCCACCGCGGCGACAGAGACGACAAUGGCGGUGGUGGAUCGGAAUAGCCGUGGAAGGUCGAAGGAAAAACAUCCUACGUAUAAUGAUCAUCAAGUUCUUGCCAUGUCACGCCUUUGAAAUAUUUUUGCCUUUUUUUGAAAAAAAUUAAAAAAAAAUGUAAAAAUGUGUACAGUGCGUUUUGUUUUGGACAACAGAGAACAUCAAGAUGGUGAGUGUUUUUGUUU